AAUUAAUUGACAAUAAGGGAUAUAAAGAUUUUUAUGUCUCCAGUAUCGAAACAGAAACCCAUUUUUGAAUAAAAAAUAUGGUAGAAAUUGUUGAUGAUCUAGAAUUGCUAACGGAACCAAUGGCGUCCUAACACUAGCCAGGAUUAGAGACAUGAUUCGUUGCAUAUAUAGAAAAGAUCAUAAUGUGGGCCCAGCCCAGCAAUGAAGUUACUUUGGACCAAAUUUUGAUAAAAUGGUGCCAUUAAUCAUUUAAACCAUCAACCAUGACAAACAUAGAACCAUAUCAGCAGCUUCCUCAAGUUACUAUGGCAACAGAUACACAAGUUCAACAACCAGUUGUUAUGCAAGGAAUGCCUCUACAAUUACUUCAAGGUCAAAUGUCACUACAGCAAAAUCAAAUUCCAAUGCAGCAGGGUAAUUUACCAUUCCAACAAGGUCAAAUUCCAAUCCAACAAGGUCAAUUCCAAAUACAGCAAGGACAGUUUCCCAUUCAUCAAGGACAAUUUCAAGUUCAAGGUCAGCUUCAGCAAGGACAACCUCAGGUGAUACAGUUAGGACAAAAUGGCCUUUUCCAAGGUCAACAAUUCUUACAGAUGUUGCCUAAUGGUCAGCUGAUUCAAGGUCAACCAAUUCAGAUUCAAGGUCAACCUACACAAAUACCUCAACAGAUUUUCUUACAAGGUCAAAACCAGACAUCUGGUCAAUAUGUCCCAUUCUCCAACUUUAACCAAGGUCAGUUCUUGAGCCAGUUUCAAGGUCAAAGCCAAGUAGUACAGAACCAAGAUGGACAAGCUGUGAUAUAUCAGCAACCAGAUUUACAAAUAAAACAAGAGGACACGUCACAAGACGAACAAGAUGCUACACCAGUAACCACAGAAGAAUCAGCCAAUGAAAUCAACCAAAAUAAUGGCUCACCGCUGACAACCUCACAGUUUAACCAGCAACAAACAUUGCAGUCAACUCUAUCACAGUUUCUAUCCUCAGGUAACCAGAUUACUUAUCCACAAAUAGUAAACCAGACACCAGGACAGUCACAAGUAAACCUAUCGCAGAUACCGAUCAUACAACCCAACGGGCAAGUCAUGACUGCCAGUUCAUCACCUGUCACUCCUCAGAUCUUACAGGCAAAUGGGCAAGUUAUUCCUGUCAGCUCAUCUUCUUCCACCAUGCCACAGAUUCUUCAGGCAAAUGGGCAAGUUAUGCCUGUUUGCUCAUCUUCUUCCACCAUGCCGCAGAUCCUUCAGGCAAAUGGGCAAGUUAUGCCUGUUUGCUCAUCUUCUUCCACCAUGCCGCAGAUCCUUCAGGCAAAUGGGCAAGUUAUGCCUGUUUGCUCAUCUUCAUCUACUCUGUCACAAAUCUUUCAGGCAAAUGGGCAAGUAAUUCCAGUCAGUUCAUCCUCGUCAACCAUGCCACAGAUUAUACAGAAUGGAACCAUGCCACAGCUUGUACAGACAGGUGUGGCGCCAUCUGUAUUUCAGUCAGGUCAGGUAAUUCAAAGUGGGAUGUUAACACAGGGAGGUAACCUUAUUUCACCAUCUUUGACACAGCCUACUGGAACAUCAAACACCAUGGGAACAGCUCAGGUCAUACAACUUGGACAGUUGCCAGCAGGUUUUCAGAUGUCUUCUAAUGGUGGACAACAAAUUAUGGUUUUAAAUGGAGCCAAUUUACAGAGAAUGCCAAUAAGUGACAACAAUGAAGAGGAACCUCUUUAUGUCAAUGCCAAGCAAUAUCACCGGAUACUGAAACGUAGACAGGCUAGAGCUAAACUAGAGGCUCAAGGCAAAAUUCCAAAGGAGAGACGGAAAUAUUUGCACGAGUCGAGACAUAAACAUGCAAUGCAGAGAUGUCGAGGAGAUGGAGGUCGAUUCUUUACAACAAAACUAGAACCAAAUGAUGAAGGAUAUGACUUCAAAUCAGAACAAUCUGAUGAAAUAACUGAUGCAUCAGCAGUUACAGACUUUUUGAAUCUUGAGGAUAGUGACCUUCGACCUCUAAAGAUAAGUGAAGACAACAGCUGACAGAGAUAAGACGGAUGUGACAGAACAACUGGCAGCAGGGGGGUUAACUAUAUCCAGUCAUUAUAUGUGCCAUAUUAACAAAACACGGCUAGCGAUAGCCAGACUAUUUUUGUACCAAGUAUGUCUUAGUCUGUUGUGACUUGAACUUUCAGAUUACUGGUCAUGCAGGGAAACUGGACACAGUAGCAGACUAUGGUAGCCUAUUAAUA